GCAGCGUGUGUUGGGGAAAAACCAUUUUAUAAUAUUUUAUUCGAUCUAAAAGUAGACUUCCCCCGAAAAUCAAACAAAACAUAAUCAGCUCUGCAGGCAUCGCUCUGUUCCUUCUGGAAGUGCUGUACAAAGUGAAAAGCAAUGAAGAAAGUGCUAUUAACGAAAACGCAGUGCAUACAGCGGGUGUCGUCUGGAACAGACCUGAUAUUGAAACAGACAGCGCCAGUUGUAGUUGCUGUUGGACCCGCACCUUUGAACAGCAGCACGUACACACACCGAAAAGCCUUUCUGCCAGUUUACAAGGAUAUCAUCAGAGAAGUCAUGCGUAUACCAGAUAAAGAUAUACAACAACGUCUCAUCGAUGCUAUUAAUGGAUCGGGGAGCGAUAAGAUAUCUGCACCUACCUCGCGUCCAAAUAAACAGUGUUGUUGUGGGGCGACCAAAGUGAGCGCUUCCACACAAACUGAGGACGAACCAUGGAUACCAUCGCCCAGUACAUCUUAUCGAAAUCAUACGACGCCAAAUACACUCGUAAAGGGGUUGAUAAGAAAUGACUCAUUGACUGGUGUACCCAGUCCCAGUCCCAGCCCCAUUCCUAGUCCCAGUCCAGCUCUAUCCAUGCCUCAGAAAGUUGCGAAAAAGCGUGGUCGUAAGCGCAACACCUGUGUGCCACAAGUGGUCAAAGUAUCAGCAGCUGAAAUGGCCCAGCAGGACCGGGAGGCUAAACAACUAUCUCCCGUGAUCACCAAGAAGAGAAAUCUGGAAGUUCCUGAACGAAAGAGGAAAGAGGAAGAUCGACCGGCGUUAGAGCGUCGCAGCUCGACCAUGUCGGAUGUGUCCAUCAACGUGGCUGAAGGUAUCGAAUGUGUCUACUCUUACAUUGAAAAUGGUAUGGACAAUGAAAAACUCAUUCGCAUAAUGGCUAUGGAAUUCCAGAAGGCCCGUAUUUUGUCUCUUCAGGGCCUGCUACCCAUUCAUGAUGAUAUUCUAGACGGCGACAUUUAUGGCGUGCGGCGUCAGAUUUUUGUUUGCAAAUAUAGCAAUUUUGAUAUCAAUGAAAUGAUUAGCGCUGAUGGUGAAGAUUGCCUGGAACUUGCUCUAACGAAUGAUCGUGAUCCGGAUCUAGUCACAGCCCUUUUAACAGCCGGCUGUGUGCCCAACCACAUAUACGAAAACGGAAAUACGGCCCUCCACAUAGCUGUCAUCAACAACAUUGAUAGAGAAUCCAUAAGGCAACUAAUGCUACGUAUUGACCUGGAUCUCUUGCUACAGACAAACGAUGCCGGGUACACUGCCCUGCACCUGGCAGUGCGUCACAAUCAGUACCAUGUGGCAGAGACCAUAUUGGACUGCAUAGAUGAGCGGCAAUUGGAGGGGAGGGCUGUAUAUCGGAGGGCAACAGAGACGACAGACUCAAAGCUGACGCCAGAGAAAGCGUUUGCCAAAUACUAUGAGCGUGCCUGCGAUAGACUAGAAACAACCAAGGAUGUGCUCAAGAAUCGCCGAUUAAAGCUGGAUAUUCUAAAUACAGCAGAGUUGAUGGCGGGCAACACUCCUCUUUUCUUUGCUGUAGAACAGGGGCAAGAGCAUAUUUGCUAUUUCCUGUUGGCUCAUUUGUGCGAUCCAGACCAGGAAAACCUCAGCGGGCAUUCCCCCAAAUCGUUUCACUACGAAUAUGCUCGCAUUUUGAGGAUUAAUUUGAAAAUAUCCCGCGUGAUGGAUAAAGUCAUUGGCAUAUUAAAUGGAUGAAGAUAAAUGUACAUUACAUCGAAAAUUAAAUAUGUUUAGCCCCAGUUUA